AUGGAUGUGCUGAAGGACACAGUCGAGUCCAUCAUCCUCAACCCCGACCUCGCCCCUCUCCUAGCCAUCGUCAAAGCCGCCCGCAAUGGCGCCGUCUACGGUGCCAAAGUCCGAUUUCCUCAUGCUUUGGUUAUGGUCUUCCUGUUCCGGUCGGGGACGAUUCGAGAAAAGGUCCGCCUUGUGUUACGAGCAACCAGACAACAUGCACGAAAUCUGGCAUUCUUCGCGACCGUGUACAAGUCCUCAAUGUUAAUAUUGAGGCUUCUAAACCCCGCCACCCCGGGAAAAGAAGGGCCAUAUGAUACCUUUUUUGCUGGUCUACUGGGUGGAUAUGUUGUCUUUGGACGAGGGAAGCAGGGCAGUGUCGAACAACAAAUCGUCAUCUACGUCUUUGCACGAGUGAUUCUCGCCCUCGCGAGGCUCAGCAUUGAGCCACCCAGUGCCACGAGCACCACACCAACCCCGACGUUCUGGACCCAGAGAUUAUCGCCCGAGGUAAAGGCAAAGAUCCAGAACAAUGCCUGGCCCGUUUUCGCGAGCUUGAGCUGGGCUUUUGUCAUGUACAUCUUCCGAUGGCAGCCCGAAAGCAUUCAGCCGAGCUUGAGGAGUAGCAUGAAGUACAUAUAUGUCAAUUCGGACUAUUGGGAUAGCUUCAAAAACUUCCUGAUUCACAAUACCUAG